AUGGAUGAUAAAAUGGGUAGAGAUUUAACCGCUCCAUUUAUGGAACAUAGAGAACUUGCAAAGGAAUUAAAUCCAAGAAAAGAUUGGCUUAAAAGAAUAUUAAUAAAUAACAAUUGGUCAGAUUUAAAAUUAUUUAUAAAAGCUGGUGAUUUAAAUAAAAAAAUUGGUAGUUCGUGUACCAAUUGUGAAAGAAGUGUUAAAAGCAUAUAUUAUUUAAGUACAGAUAAAAUAUUUUGUGAUAUUUGUGAAGAAAUAUAUUGCUCAUAUUGUACAAAAGAUAUAGAUGUUAUGAAAGAUAAUCAAUCAAAAUAUAUAAAAUUGAAAUUAUGUAGAGAUUGUUUUAUAUAUAUUAAUGAAUUAAAAUGUAUUAUUCAUCCAAAUUUAACAAUUGAUAAGCAUGCAAUUGAACUUGUAAAUAGUUUUAAUGAAAUUUCUAACAGAUAUACUAUUACAUGUAGUAAUAUAUCACAAUUAAAUGGACUAAUUUUAUUAUGCCAAAAUAAUAUGGAAUUUUUGGAUAAUUUUAAACCUGAAAUAGACCAACUUCGAGGGGUUAUACAAAACGAUCUUAAAUUUUUGACUGUUAUGAAAAAAAGUAAAACUGGAGUAAAUAAUAAUUUUAUACUUAAUAAAAUGGAGAAAAAUUUAUCUCAAUAUUUGAAAAUUAUUAAAAAUAAAAUUACCCCUGUAGCCUUUGAUGCUCUAAAUAGUACACAAGAAUUACUUUCCAAAAAAUAA